AUGGCAUCGAUAUCGAGCCUUCCUCCCGAGAUGCUGGGUGAAAUUGCCGCAUGCUUCCAAGAUGACACCCCAUUGAGUGUAAAGAAGGACUGGAAAGCCGACCAGAAGACGCUCGCGAUUCUUUCUAGGGUUUCUAAGUCAUUCCAAUAUGCAACGCAACCUCUUCUCUAUCGCAAGAUCUAUCUCGCCGUCCGGGACCCAGCCGGCCUCGACAUCUUGUCGUUGAUCAAGGUUCUCUAUCAUCGCAAGGACCUCCGCUCCAAGGUGAAUAAAGUUCAGUUACACUUUGAAAAAGCUUUGUCUUGCCAUCUGGAGCGAACUAUGGACGAUGUCCAGAAACUCGAUCAUCUGGCUCGCGAAAUUGGUCAGACAAGCCUCAGCCGCGCACUACAGGGCAACACAAAUUGUCCAUGGUCAUACAACAAUGUAUUAUCUUCGCUGCCUUUCCAUCAGCUUCGAGGUGUAUCUCAAGUCAUGAUCACUGGGCUGUGUGGCCCGAACUGGAACGAAGACUUUGGAGUUUUCAACCACUUUGACGAUGCUUGGUCGGUCUUGCCAUAUCUCUUGAUACCCCCCUCAGAGACACCGGAGGCUUUGCUUCCGAACUUGACCUUUCUUCGUUUGGACGCUCACUUAAUUACAACCAUCAAUCUCUCAGACUUUCACUUGCUCACUCGUCUUGCAUCCAACCUUAAGGAGUUUGAAGGCUGCGGCUUUGUAAGCGUCCCGGUCCAGGCUUUCAACACUUUCAAAAGGCUCAAGCGUUUGUCUCUUUCGGAAGCACCUUUUGUGGACAGCGACUUCCCAAACCAGGGAGAAUUUCUCCAAAUUCCGCCUGGUCUUCAUUCUUUCUAUUACAGUACGCGUUUCUCCUGGUUCCCGGAUGAGCAGAACAUUUCUCCGAUGAGGGUCCGACGGGCGCUGGCGCAACAUUCAGAUACUCUGAUUGACAUUCACGUCCAAUGCCACAUCGAAAUGGAGGAGCACGAGUGGUUCGAUACCUUUAGAAUGUUUCAAAGACUCGAGUAUCUUUCGGUGGAUCCAGCGGACUUUGAUUUGAAUUAUCAGAACGCCUUGGACGGCCCAAAUGCGUUUAUCACCACAUUACCUCGAUCACUUCGAAGCCUAACCUUCCUGGCCCAGCACCACUCGGACUUCACGGACAUCGAGUGGCUUGCCGACGCCGUUCACGAAGGGGACUUUGAAAACCUCGAAAGCUUCACCAUUCAUGUUCCAUACAGAGACAGAGACUUCUUUCACAAGGCUAUGAGCGAAAUCUGGUGUGGGAUCGAUAAGCCAGAGUCUGGGGAGGACGAAGCUUCCUUCUGUGUCAAAGUGGUUUCUAAGACUGAUUCGAGGGAAUUUUGGUGUUACUGGUGA